AUGCGUCCACAAUCGCAGUGCCUUGAAUCAUUUUUCAAGAGUCAUCCGGUUCAACCAAAAGAGGAUGGGGAACAUUUUCCAUUUUCUAAUGUUCGUCGAGUGUUUUAUAGAAGCCAAGACGAUAUCAAUAGGGUUUGGCUUUCUUACUGUCACAGUUCGAAGGCCAUGUUUCGCACAGUGUGUCUGGCCUACAGCAAAGCUAGUGAAUCCAAUGCAUUUACUGAUGGCAUGAAUGAUUGGAAGCAUGUUCACCAACGAAUCGAAGAACACAAAUCGAGUAAACACCAUUGCAGGAGUGUAGAGGCACACAUGUCGAGCAAUGACAAGGACGUAUAUAGCUUGCUUUUUUCAAAUCAAAAAAAUGUGAGAGCUGCUCAAGUUAAAGAAAAACGGCAAGUUCUAGAACGUGUGAUAGAAAUUGUUAAAUUUAUUGGAAAGCGAGGACUUAGUUACAGAUCUAUCAAUGACGCAGCCUACUGUCUGGACAAUGUCAAUAUUGACCACGGGAACUUUUUAGAAAUUUUAAUCCUUCUGUCUAAAUUUGACCCGCUUAUGAAAAAUCAUCUUGACAUCGUGACGGAGAAAAGUAAGCAACGACAUGUCACGUGCGCAGCAUCAGGAACGAAGGGACGAGGAGGGUUAGUAACAUUUAUUUCAAGCACUACUGUCAAUUAUGUAAUUGAAUUUGUUCGCCGUAUGAUUAAGGCAUCGAUUGCAGAUGAGAUUCAAUCGGCAGGAAUGUUCUCCGUGCAACUGGACACAACGCAAGAUGUUAGCGUAAAGGAUCAAUGCUCGAUUGUAAUCCGAUAUGUUAAAGACCAUAUUUACGAGCAACUGGUAUCCGUCAGCAAUUGUACUAAUUCGACAGGCAAGGGUAUGUUCGAGCUGUUCCGGGAUGAAAUUGUCAAAAUGGGCAUAAACAUUGAAAAGUGUGUGGGAACUCUACAGUCGGGGCGGCAAACAUGCAGGGCCAAUAUUCCGGUUUCACAAAAUGGCUCAGUGAAGCAUCCCCAAGUGCAUGUGUGGUGUUACGCUCAUGUAUUGAAUCUUGUUCUUGUUGAUACCACAGAAACCACCAAAGCUGCUAUUAGUAUAUUUCAGCUUAUAAACAAAUGUGCUGUUUUCUUGCGCGAAUCAUAUAUACGAAUGGACAUAUGGGCGUCAAAACAAUCAAACAAUAGAAGACUAAAUGUAAUUGGCGAGACACGCUGGUGGGCAAAGAACCAUGCAUUAAAAAAAAUAUUUGGAAGCUUCAACAACCCAUCGACAUCCUUGUAUAUUGAGCUAAUUAAAACUUUACAAGAGUUAGCCUCCUCUGAAGACUUUAACCCAACUGUUCGCGACACCGCCCAAACUCUAUUAGAUAAGUGCAUCUCAUUUGAAACAAUUCUUACCGUUCAAGUUUUUUUGCGUAUAUUCCAACACACAGCAUCACUUUCCAAGUACCUGCAGACAAGUGGGAUGGACGUGCUCUAA